AAAUAUUUUAUUUAAAUGACCUUUAGAAAAAACUUGAAGUUAUAUAUAGUGGAGUGGGUGUACUUGAAAUAUUGUGCUAGCAUAGCAAGAAAAACAAGCAUGGAAGCUGCAAUCUUUUACUCCUUUAUUUCUCUUCUCAUCCUCAUAUGUGCUUUCAAAUUCUACCGAUCAAAAACCUCCCACAAAAACCUCCCUCCAAGUCCCCCGGCGCUACCGUUUAUCGGCCACCUCCAUCUCCCUAAACCACCUAUGCACCGUACCCUCUCCACUCUCUCCCAAAAAUACGGCCCAAUCUUCCUCCUCCGAUUCGGUUCUCGUCCCGUAGUAGUAAUCUCAUCACCCUCCGCCGUCGCAGAAUGCUUCGGCAAAAACGACAUCAUCUUAGCCAACCGUCCGAAAUCGCUAGUAGGCAAAUACAUAGGCUACAAUAACAGCACCAUGACUCAGUCUUCUUACGGAGACCACUGGCGUAACCUCCGCCGAAUAGGGUCGACAGAGAUUUUCUCAACUCAUCGUCUUAACAUGUUUUUAAGCAUCCGACAGGACGAAAUCAAGAGACUAUUGUUUAAACUAUCAUCACACGGGUCUGUUCAAGAUUUUACAAAGGUGGAAUUAAGACCAAUGUUUAAAGAUUUGACUUUCAAUAUUAUUGUCAGAAUGAUUUCUGGUAAAAGAUUUCAUGGGGAAGAUGUGAGUGAUGAAGAACAGGCGAAGGAGUUUAGGGAAAUGAUUAGUGAGGUGACUUCUUAUUUAGGAGCUUCAAAUCCGAGGGAUUUUUUUCCGAUCUUGAAUUGGGUUGAUGGUGGUAUGUUUAAAAGGAAGAUGAAGAGACUUGCUCGAAAAAUUGAUGGAUUCUUGCAGAAAUUGGUUGAUGAACAUCGAACCAGGAAAGAAAAUUUGGAGAGUGGGAAUACUUUGAUUGAUCAUCUUCUUGCUUCGCAAGAAUCAGAACCUGAAUAUUAUACCGAUGAGAUUAUCAAGUCAAUUAUGGUGAACUUGAUGUUCGCGGGAACAGACACAUCAGCAGUGGCAUUAGAAUGGGCAAUGACCAACUUACUAAAUCAUCCAAACACACUAAAAACCCUAAAAGAAGAAAUAGACAAUCAAAUUGAACAUCAAGAUUGCUUACUAGACGAGCCUCAUCUUUCCAAAUUACCAUAUCUCCGAAAAAUAAUCCUCGAAACCCUUCGAUUAUAUCCCGUAACUCCACUUCUCGUUCCACACGUGGCAUCUCAGGAUUGCAUUAUUGGAGGAUACGACGUGCCACGUGACGCGAUGGUAUUGGUUAACGCAUGGGCUAUACAUAGAGACCCUACGCUUUGGGAUGAUGCCUUGAGUUUUAAACCUGAAAGAUUUGAUGAUGGAGAAGGUGAAAGUUUUAAGCUAUUGCCAUUUGGGUUGGGUCGAAGGUCUUGCCCGGGGGCUGGUUUGGCAAACCGGGUGAUCGGUUUGACUUUGGGGUCACUGGUUCAAUGCUUUGAGUGGAAAAGGGUUGGUGAAGAAAAAGUUGAUAUAAAAGAAGGCAGAGGACUUACUUUGCCUAAGGCUGAGCCAUUAGUGGCCAUGUGCAGAGCUCGACCUGUAAUGAACAAGAUUUUGUCUCAACCUGCCCAUGAACACUAAAUCUUUGAAAACAAAAACCAUUAUGACUGUAUUAUAUAUGCUGAUCUAUGUAGAAUCGCUACAUAUAUGUAUGAAUAAACAGAAUUUGGAUAGAAAUUCAGUAAUGUUUGGUCUUGGAGUA